CGAUCUUGAACUAAAACCGGUAAACAAUUGAUUUGCAUGACUUUGACAGAUCGGAAAAUUUGCGAAAGUUUUCUUGUAAAUAAAUACACGGAAAGCGUAAGAAAAAUAAAUAAAAUAUGAGCGUUAAGAAUUGCUGUCACAUCCAGUAUUUUAAGAAAAAACCGUCUCAAUUAGAAACAUUAAAAUGGAUUCACGCCGUAUUCGUGAUAUCGGAUACAUCAACGACUCGAAAAGCAAAGAUAGGAAACACUUACUGCAGAACGUGUUGGAGAAGGGGCCCCAUUCUGCACGCCUGCCUGGAAUGCGUGUACUUUGGCUGCCACAAACACAUCAGGGAGCAUGCCAAACACCAAAAACACACAUUUUCAAUGGAACUGUAUUACGGACAGAUCCACUGUGUCUCCUGCAACGAUUACAUAUACGAUGCAGAAAUAGAUGAUCUAACGAUGGACAACAAAAUGAAAUCGGCUGUAUUUAAAAAAAGAUUAUUCGAAUCGUCAUCGUGGAAUGCUUCGGAAGAAGAAAAAGAGUUGUUGAAGUGUAAAACUAAGAAGAUUUGCAUCACUCCCGAUUCCCCUAUAGGUCUGAGAGGCUUGACCAAUUUAGGACUUACUUGUUACAUGAACAGCGUCAUACAAGCCCUGAUCCACACGCCAUUUUUAAGAGACUAUUUCCUCACGGAGAGGCAUAGCUGUAAAUCGACUGUAGGCGCUUGUCUCGUAUGCGAAAUGACCAAAAUAUUUCAGGAGUUCUAUAAAGGUUCCCGAUUACCGUUGGCACUAAACGAAUUGCUGCAUUUCACCUGGAUAAACGCCAGCCAUUUGGCCGGGUACGCCCAACAGGACGCCCACGAGUUCUUCAUCAGCACGUUGAAUUUGCUGCACAAACAUUGCGUGGACACGACGCCCAAGGGCAACGACGUCACGCCCAGGGGGAACGAGAAGUGCCCGUGCAUCAUCGAUCAGAUAUUCAGCGGAGAUCUCCAGAGCGAUCUGGUUUGUAAAAAGUGCAACGGCGUGUCGACUAAAAUCGAUCCGAUUUGGGAUUUUUCUUUGGAUUUGGGGCCCGUUACGUUAGGAGGCAGGCAGCAGUCUUCGUUAGAUAAAUGUUUGGAAAGGUUUACCGAGCCGGAAUCUUUAGGUGAGAUAUUCUGCUCUAAAUGCCAGUCGUAUGAGGAAUCCACCAAGCAGUUUACCAUGAGGACGUUGCCGAAUGUCGUCAGUAUUCAUCUGAAACGCUUCGAACAUACUACGGUUCAAAAAAAAGUUCCGGCGGUGAUUUCGUUUCCGGAAAUGUUGGAUAUGACGCCGUUUAUGAGCAGAAACGAGGAGCAAACGCCCUUUCCAAUCGAUAAUAGAUAUACUUUAUUUGCUGUUAUAAUACACAUCGGCGAGAGGAUGGAUAUGGGUCAUUAUGUAACGUACGUGAGACAACAGCACAAUUAUUGGUAUAAAUGCAACGAUGAAGACAUAACUAGGGUCAAAUUGGAAGACGUUUUAGCUUCUGAAGGGUAUCUUCUCUUUUAUCAUAAGCAUGUCCUCGAGUAUGAAUAAUGAGACUUGGGAGAGAAAUUAAAAGAUAUGUGAUAUUACGUUUGAAAUGGUUGUAUAAUUUUUUUCCUCCAAGGUGUGGGUGAUUGUAUCGACACCUUGGUUUCCAUUAAAG